AUGAACUCAGGAAUAGGAAAUCCAGAGCAUCUCAGCGAGCACGGCAUCCAAUCCAUCGUCGAUCUCCCCGAUGUCGGCAAGAAUAUUUUUGACCAUCCGAUUGGAGUUUAUGCCACUGGGAUUUCGCAACACAUCGGACUCGGGCGCGUACCAGACAACAGCAACAUCUUCGCGAAUGCUCCGAACCCUGCUCCAGGGCCAGGUUCUCCGCACUUCGAGAUCCUCCUCUCGAACUUCAUUCUCGGACCCACUCCGCCAGAGGAAAAUUAUCUAAGUAUCACGACAUUUCUGUCUACCCCAGGCGACAACGCGCGAGGCUCAGUCAAGCUCAAUUUGAGUGAUCCAUUGGCUGUUCCGCUCAUCGAUGCAGGGCUGCUUGCGGAUAAUGCUACAGACGUCCCGCUCAUGCGUGAGGCGAUCAAAACCGUUCUCCGUCUCGUCUCUGCUCCCGCUUGGGAAGAUGAUAUUAUCGGCCCUGUGGAUUCGACCCAACCCAGUCUGAAUGCGACGUGCCGAGUUGGACAUAUUCAUUAG